AUGGAGAUAAAAUCGACCGCCGUCGUAAUUUGUCUUCUACAUGCGGUAUAUAUUCGUAAUCGAUUACCGACAAAACUAAGUUCCGCCCUAUUCCAUAUUUUACGAAAGGUGCUGUUAAACAUUGUAUCUCACCGAUUCAAUUGCACACUAUCAAUGUAUCCCGUCUCUGCGAUUUACGGUGCGAGACUAUGCAAUAGGCCGCUUUGCCACUAUCUGCCGUAUAAGUGGUUGCAAGGAUGA